CUCCAUUCUCUCUCCAACCUUACUCUGUGUCUUCUUCUCAUUUCCACACUUUCUGUAAGGCGCCAUUGUUCUUUUGCUUGCUUAUGCUCAACAUCGCCAUUCCCAAACAACAAUGCUAUUCGAGGACUCAUCAGAGCAAGAGUUAUUGAAGGCACAGUGAGUCAGUGACUUUUCACUCAGCCUAUUGGGGUUAAACAAACACUGACAGUGGAGAAGCAAGAAAUUGAAAAGGAUGUUGAGGAUGAGAAAAAGGCUAGCAUGCUGCACCAGAGGAAGCAAAUUUAGCAUCGAUCUUGAUGAGCGAGAGAGGAUUAUGACAUACAAUGGCCUUGAGAGUUGCAUGUUGAAUAACCAGUCCUACGAAGAUGAGAGCAGAACAAGUAGUGGAGAUGAAUGCAUAACUGAUUCAUUUGACGAUGAUUCCAGUUGUUCCUCCAGCAAGGAUGCUUUUGGAUCAUUCUCUUCAAACUGUUUAACGAUGAAAAGGGACGAUAAAGGAUUGGAGGAAUGGGAGCUCUCAGAAAGUCCUCAAGAUUUUUAUGCCAAAGAGAAGACUUUUGGUAUGGACCAUUCAGAUAUAGAAGCCAUGAAGGAAAGAUUUUCGAAGCUUUUGCUUGGUGAAGAUGUUACAGGGGGAACCAAGGGUCUCAAUACAGCUUUGGCGCUAUCUAAUGCCAUCACAAACCUAUCAGUGACGGUUUUUGGAGAGCUGUGGAAAUUGGAACCUCUAUCUGAAGAAAGGAAGAGAAAAUGGCAGCGAGAGAUAGACUGGUCAUUGUCUCCUACCAACUAUAUGGUUGAGCUUGUUCCCUCUACGCAAAGCGGUGCCGAUGGUGGGAUGUUUGAGAUAAUGACCUCAAAGCCUCGUGCAGACAUCCUCAUGAAUCUUCCGGCACUUCAGAAGUUGGAUUCUAUGCUGAUUGAGACACUAGAUUCGAUGACGAAUAUGGAGUUUUGGUAUGCAGAGGGAGGAAACAAGGCAGAAGGGAGGGAGACAAAUGCACAGCAUAGCAAAAAAUGGGGGCUUCCAUCACCCAAAGUUCCAAAAUGUGGUCUUUCUGACACUGAAAAAAAGAAGCUGCUUCAUCAGGGUGGGGUGGUGCGUCAAGUAUUCAAGGCUGCCAAAUCCAUCAAUGAAAGUGUCUUGUAUGAAAUGCCUGUGCCAGCGAUUAUUAAAGACGCACUUGCAAAGUCUGGAAAGGCAAACCUUGGACACGAAUUGAACAAGGUUUUGGCUGCUGAAUCAAGCUCUCCAGAAGACAUGCUUAAAUCGCUGAACUUGAAAUCCGAACAUGUUGUCCUAGAGACUGUUAAUAAACUGGAAGCUGCUAUAUUGUCAUGGAAAGAGAGAAUUGCAGAACAUGCUGGUGGCAAACACCAAGCUCGUUCCACGUGGUCAUCUUUUGUGAAGGAUCCUGCGUUAGAGGUUGAUAAACUGAAGUUAUUAUCGAUCCGUGCUGAAACACUACUGCAGCUGAUUAAAAUCAGACACCCAAACCUUCCUCAAACAUUUGUCGAUGCAGCCAAAGUUCAAUAUGGCAAGGAUAUUGGACAUUCCAUUUUGGAAGCAUAUUCCAGAGUUCUAGCAAAUUUAGCCUUCUGCAUUCUGUCUAGAAUAGGAGAAGUAUUGCAGGAGGAUUCUUUAAGCAAUCCGAAUUCACCUAUGGUGGCAGAAAACUCUCCUGGGAUGAAUCUUUCUCAAACUAGGGUGGUGGAUUCACAUAUCAAGCAGUCCUUACUUGAUAAGAUGAACAAAACAGAUGGGCAAUAUUGUGAUUCUAGCUCUUACAGUGCUUGUGAUAUAGAACAUUCUUCUUUCCAUACGAAAUCGAGAUCUAUGACAGCCACGCCAAACCAGAGUGGUAGCUGGCGCAUUAGUAGAGAAGUUUGUUCAAGUCUGUCUCCUAGAAAUUCUCCAUAGUGGCUUUUGUUUAGACGAUUCUGUAAAUGUUAUUGCACAGUGAGAAUUGAAGCAAACUGAUAUGUUUGCCUGCCCUCAAUUUUUGGUUGGUUUUAAAACCAACUAUACAAAAUCCUUGGUCGCAUAUUGUGGAGUUUUAUUCAACGGAUUUUGUACAACAGGGUUACAAAUCAAGGAGAUUGUAUUUAGUUU